AUGCAUCCAACUCUGGCAAUUGCUGUCCUCGGGCUGUCCGCAGCUGUGAGCGCAACCAGGGCAACGAGUGCAUCAUGCGUCUUCAACGGCGAACUCACCACCAAACAAAGUGACGGCGGGGACUUUACAGUCGACUUCUUCGGCGUCACCCCGGACGAGCCAGACUAUCAGAACUGCGAGCUUGGCUUCCUUGACAACCUCCGAGGGCAAUGCCUAGGCAUUGUGGAUCAAUGGGCCUGCGAUAAUGUGAACGGCGUUUUGAAGACCAGUGGCAAUGUUCCAGCCGGUUGGAGGGGCUGCGUGGAGAAUGCUAUCUACCUGUCGCAGAAUGGGUUGGAAGGCGUCACAUGCGCGAAGCCAUGA